AUGACUUCGCCUGCCAUCUCCAGCGCUUUAGACCCUCUCAGUUCAUCGACGCUGAACAAGCUCUCCGAGGCCCAUCCGCCCACAAAGAAACGCAAGAGAAGCCAUGAGAGCACCGGUGCCCAGCUUGCGACUACCUCGAUUGUCAUUCGAGCUCAUGCGGCUUCAUUAUCCGACGAGCCGCUGAUCCUCGAGCCUCUAGCUGCUCUGCCCCGCUCCCGACUCCCAUUGUCCUGGCUCGACGAUGCCUCUUCAUCCCACUCCGAUGCACAGCCCGGCGGCCUGUUCGCGGCAGACAUCCCCGCCCUCGAAACCGACCUCCGCGCGUGGACCGAACCAACAGUGCUGACGGUCCGGCUUUUAGCCAACGGCGGGCUGUAUGUGGUUGAGCGCGUGAAGAGGGGCAUAUACUCAUUGUCGAGGCUGGUGCGGUGGGUGCACGAGGGCGAUGUCGUCGUUGCGGUGAAGGGGUGGCACGGCCCCAGCGAAGAGAAAGUGAAUGAUAUGGUCGACGAUGAGCCGAGUACGAUCCCGGAUGGUCUCAAUUGGUGGCAUGCUGCUCAGAUUGAGGAACCUCUGUCUGAACUUGCUCUGGGAGACAAGCCCGCGGGGCUGGAUGUUGCCGUGGUGUUUGGGCCCUCGACUACGGAGCCCGGCCCCGAUGAGGCGCCUUUUGUGGAUGUGCUGGAAUGCCGGAGCCAGUCACUGGCGCCUGCCUCGAGGGGCGCAGAUGUUGGCCCUAUGGCUUCCUUUGGGCCUGCAGAGUCCCAGGGUCUGAGUGAUGAUUUUGCCGACGCAGUGGAAGUUGACGGUUUCAUUGAUCCCAACGGCGUGGAUGUGCAGCAAUCCCCAGAUAAGCUAUUGAGCGGCAUGAGAGACCAUUAUUUGCAAGCUCUCUAUGUGUCCAAGACGUCCGUGGCGUACUUUGCAAAAGGUCCGCUGACACGCUGCCGUGCUGCUUUCCAAUCUAAUGAUCCCGAGCAAUACCAAUCGUCUCACGAGCUUGUUGCGUUCUACCGCGAGGCAAUCUUGGCUGCAAAGAAGAUGGAUCUCAAAUACCGAGAGUCUCUGCCAACGGUCGUCCGUGACGCUGUGCUCGCACUUUCCGACGGCGAGGACGGCGCCAAAAAGCGAAAAAGCAAGAAAAAGAAACUGGGUCGAAAUGGUCUCUACGCCGAGGAGGAAGUAUUCAUUCGCAAGUGGUGGAAAGACCGAAGUAUGAACGAGACAUCCACUCAGGAAUCGUCACGCGAAGCCGAAACCAAGAAGCACAUCUCCGACCUCCGCUUGCGCGAAACCCAACUACAGAUCCUUCUAAUUUUGGAGGUCAUGGCUUUGGAAUCGGUCAGCACCGGCGACAAGCCCAAUUCAGACAAGAAAGAUGCGGGUGGAGAGAACGAGAUACCCAAAAAACCUAAGGCUAAGAAGCCCCAGGAUGUCAAUGUGCUCCUUGAGUUACACCUUGAUCGACUCUGCAUCUGGCACGCUGUCAGCUCGGAGGAUUCUAGUGCUGCUGAUUCGGCGAAAGCCUCAUCCUUUAACAACGGACAUAUGUCUGGAAAGAAGGUGGAGAGUGAUGCAGUGCGAGACUUCUGCACCGAAGUGAUCAUUCCGUUCUAUGCUUCUCGUCUCCCCGACAAAUGCAAGCUGAUCACACGCAAGUUUGGUGUGUCCGGCGGCAUUUCGCCCGCGGCUAAGAAGACACAAUCCUCCAAUAAACCACGUGCAGAGCCAGGAUCAGAAGUCAAGCGCCAGCAACCAGCACCAAAGUCUCGAAGGACACUACAACGCGUGCUGACAGACGAAAAGACGGCGGCCGCGUCUCAGCACCGGCCCCCCUCACUGAAUCGGUCCAAUACUGCACCAACACACCGAGAGACGAAGCGUGAUUUGAUAGAACCCCUGCUUCCCACCGUGCUGAGCGGCAGUGUGCGCGGCGGGAUCCAGAAAGCGAAGCGCACAGAAAACCGCGAGGUCGAUCUUCAUGCUGUGGCCAGACAGCACGAAACCAAACUGCGAAAGGUGCAGAUGUUGACGGAUCAGAAGAAGGAGCUGGAUGCUGCCAUUCUUACGCUUCGCAAGCCGAACCGAGAGCUAGUUGCCAAGGAUAUUGCGGACGAUGCGGUCAAGCGCGUUUCCACCGGAGGAGGCAGUUCGCGGAAGCCCAAGAACCCCGUCCGCAAUCCGCUCGGCCAAGGCGUGCAGGUCAUGGCAACGCCGCGGGGCAAUCGCAAGAAGGACGCUGGUGUGGGCCUUCCCCCGUUACCUCGCAGUCUAGCGCCAUCACGGUCGUUUGCGGGAGAGGUCGACGAUCCUUCGCUGGCAGAUUCCCCGGUUAUGAUCCCUUCCUCAAGCCGGCGGCCGGCUUCGUUCUCUGGUGCUGAUUCUAAUCCAUUUGUGACGCGUGGCGCCUCGAGUGGCAGCCAACGACACUCACAAUCAACGCGAGCAGAUGUCGGGUCCAUCCAAGAAACGCCAUCUCGGCCCCCGCCAAAACUCUUCCAGACCGACGGCGGGAGCACCGAGUCAAUGGGGAGUCGUCGACCAUCUUCCUCCUCGAGUAAAGGCAAAGGCCUAUUCCGAGUGCCCAGCCUACCUGGCCCUCGUCCCACUAUUACAGCCAUUACACAACCCGUCGCACCAUCCACGCCCGUGUCUUCGCACCGCAAAAACCUUUUCUCAUCUGCCGACCACACGACUCAAUCAUCUUACCAACCCCGUUCCUCAACAAUCAUAGAAACGCCUCCGAAGCAACGCGCUCCCCGUCCCGUCCCUUCUGCCAGUCCCGUGCAUCUUGCCGCGGGUAUGCAGGUGGCCAAUGCCAAUAAAUCUCGAGCAAGCUCUCCGCCGGGUGCCAUUGAGACCCCAGUUAAAAGGAGCACCCCUGUGCCGGAGACACCAGACAAAUCGCAGUCGAUAUAUGCGCAGCUGGGCUGGGACGAUGACGAGAUGGAGCUAUAA